GCAUAUGGGCACUAAAUAAGAAGCAGCAAAAUUUUGUAAUUGAAGUUGUAGUCGAUGGUCGAGUUACAUGACCUGCGGUAGAAAACGAGGCGUAGAGAGUCAUUGAGUCAGUAAUAUCUGUUUGAAUAAGCCUCCAGGCCUUGUCUGUCAUGGAGAAUGGAUAUGGGCGCAGGCCCAGUGCAAUGGCUAGACCGGAAGACAGUCGAAGCAGCACCCCACUCAGACUCUUUGUUGAUGCCAAGAGGAAGAUUAAUGAAAUCUACAAGGAGGUGUCGGGUCACAUCACAGACAGCCAUGUAUUCCUGGACGGCAUCUCUGCAGCCUCCCAGGUGGUAUCCGAAGAACAGCUGAGUAAGGUAGAAUCAUUCAGAAACCAAGUUCGAGGGAUCCAAGAUGUCCUGGAGAGAGACCACAUGAAAGUAGCAUUCUUCGGCAGAACGAGUAACGGUAAGAGUACAGUGAUCAACGCGAUGUUACGGGAUAAGGUGCUGCCCUCUGGAAUCGGCCACACCACAGACUGCUUCCUGUGUGUCGAGGGAUGCGAAGGGCAGGAGGGUUACAUGAGCCGACAAAACAGCUCGGAGAAAAUGAGUAUAACUUCUGUGAGUCAGUUAGCCCAUGCGCUGGCAGGAGAGCGUGACCACGAGGAGUGUCAGCAGAGUAGCAUUCUUCACAUCUUCUGGCCCAAGACGCAGUGCCAUCUUCUCAUGAAUGAUGUGGUCCUGCUCGACAGUCCUGGAAUAGAUGUAGAACAGGAUUUGGAUGAAUGGAUCAACACGCACUGCGUUGAUGCUGAUGUCUUUGUCUUGGUCUUAAAUGCAGAGUCUACUCUCAUGAGAACAGAGAAAAGCUUCUUUCACAAAGUAAGUGAGAAGCUCUCCAAACCCAACAUCUUUAUUCUGAACAACAGAUGGGAUGCCUCCGCGAAUGAACCAGAGUUCAUGGAAGCGGUGAAGAGGCAACAUUUGGAGAGGGAUGUCAAAUUCUUGGUGGAAGAGCUCAAAGUUAUGACUGAAGCGCAAGCCAAGGAUCGGGUGUUCUUUGUGUCGGCCAAGGAGGCCCUUAACUCCAGGAUACCCAAGACCCUGUCUACCCCAGAUGCAAAUCCAGUUGUUGAAGGUUACCAGGCAAGGUUGUUUGAGUUUGAGAACUUUGAGAGAAAAUUUGAGGAAUGUAUUUCCCAGACUGCUGUGAGAACCAAGUUUGAGCAGCAUGCUAAGCAAGGCAGACAGAUUGUCGAUUACACACAGGAGAUUCUAUCACAGGUCUUAGAAGCAGCUACCAAAAAGAGAGCGGCCUGCAUCGAGAAGCGCAAGGAUCAGAACGAUAGGUUAGACUACCUGAAGGAUCAGAUGAAGAUACUGAGCUUAGAGAGCAAAGAGAGGAUUAAAGAUGUUUCUGAACAAUCAGAAUCAAAGGUAUCGGCUACCAUGACAGAUGAGAUCAGGAGAUUAUCCCUGCUGGUGGAUCAGUUUGAUAAACCUUUCCAUCCUGAAUCAUUAGUGGUUCAAGUCUACAAGGAGGAGCUUCAGAAGCACGUGGAAGCAGGUCUUGGUCAGAACCUAGCAGCAAGAUGUUCAGCUAAUAUCAAACAGUCAGUAGAGGAGGUCCAAACACAGAUGACAGAACGUCUGUCUGCCCUCUUACCCGGGGAUUCAAAGGAGAGGGUCGAGGGUCUCCUCUUCCGCAGGGACUUUGAUCUCAGCUACCGUCUCGACUGCCAGCACCUCUUUGCCGACUUUAAGGAGAAUAUUGAAUUCCGCUUCUCACUGGGUCUGACUGCCAUCAUGAACAGAUUUCUGGGACCGAGGGGGACCAGAGCCACCCUUGCUGGCCUCACGGGAAUGGUGCCCAGCAACCUCCCUCCUGGGGUAACAGUGACAGAGGGGCCUUCUUCCGCUGACAUGACGGUGGCCAUGCUGUCUGGCAUAGCAUCACUCUACUCAAGAACCUCAGUGGGACUCAUGAUCAUCAGUGGCAUAGUUUGGAAGUCCGUAGGUUGGAGGGUACUGGUCGUAGGGGGUGGUCUCUACGGUGUGGUGUACGCAUACGAGCGACUGACAUGGACAAACCGUGCCAAGGAGAGAAUCUUCAAGAAGCAGUUUGUUGAAUAUGCCUCAGACAAGCUCAAGCUUCUUGUUAGCUUCACUAGCUCCAACCUCAGCCAUCAAAUACAGCAGGAGCUGUCGGGGACCUUUGCUCGUCUCUCCCUGGAGGUGGAGACCUCCAAGCAGAGCCUGGAGAAGGAGAUUGUUGAUAUGGAGGUGGAGACUAAGAGACUGGAGGGCCUAAUCACCAAGGCUAAACUCAUGAGGAAUAAAGCUGGCUGGUUGGACAAUGAGCUGGAAAGGUUCAUCAAGCAAUAUAUUCUGCAUUGACAGGAGCUAUCACCAUAGCAACCAAGAUGGUGCAACUCUGGGGAUGUGAUCCUUCAUACAAGAAGAUAUGCUACGAAGCCAAUAAAAGCCCUGUGAAGGCCAUCCAAAUUUAACCUGCUACAAGUACAUGUAUGUUCAUUUGAUAUGUGAGAUCAAGAGUUCACAUAUUUUGUGAAUGCAAUGGGAGCCUUAAAUAUAUUCAACACUAUGGACAGUGAAGUGUUGGAUCAGUCUCAUAUAUUGGUUUUCAUGUUGGUAUAAAAUUGGUGUAAACCAUGUCAUUGAUUUAAUUUGUUCCCUCCGCCAUCUAAACAUGAAAGGAUUAUUCAACACUGAAAAAUAGAGUACAAUUCAAUCAAUCUCUUCAAUUAAUACUUAUGUUUGUUUUAAUCUCUAAUUUACUCUUGACAUAGCAUAUAUAUACUUGAGUUGUAGUUUAUGCAUAAUCAUUAAGUUUUUGUUGAUUUAGCCCCAAUCUGCCAAAUGUGUUUGCAGAAAAUGAACACCCAAAUAACAUGUAUCGUCAAACCUGCUCACUAGAGGCCACAAAAGAAUAAAUUGGAUCUGUAUAGAGAGUAGGCUCUUAAAAAAAAAAAAAGGAAAACUGAUAUGUAGAUGUUCUAGUGAUAUAGUCCAUGAAAAUAGUUUGUCCUUGUAAAACUAGAAGCUUUCACGCGCAUGAAAUGUUUUCAAAUUUUUGUGAGUGGUUCAUUUCCACAAAAAGUUUCAUGCCACGACAUUAAUUGAAUCACAAUCCACACAACCCAAAAUCUGUGCAUUAGCAAAAGUUUCUUUCUGUGGAAAUGGUUGUCCUUAACCCUUUGACUCUGGAAACUGAUGGAUCCUGUGUUGAAGCCUACAGGAAUGAGUGGACUCAUUAUCCAUUGGGUUAAGAAUUCGCGAAAGUUUCUGGACUUAUGGUAUUGUUGUGGCCCUCAAAGAUGGAGCAGGUUUGAUCGUUAUAAUAUGAGAAAUGUUAUACAAAUUGCUCAAGUAUAACUGAAAAUAUCUAAAGCUUAGAUGACAUUUAUUUAUUGAAAGGCUUUGCUUCUACGUCAAUACCCCUGUCUAUGCUACACGUACCGUAUUUAAUCUUUUUCAAUUUUGAUUUGAAUAUUUGAUUUUUUUUCUUCCCAAACUAAAGUUUCUGUUAAUAACAAAUGUCAUAAUUGCAAAGACUUUCAAAAGUUAAUUUCAAUAGCCUAAUGUAUCACCUUCUGAAACCAUUAAUGUAUAUAUUACAUAAUCCAGAUAUGAUUUUUUAUAGCAGCAGGGUACCUAAAAUUGCUUUUGAGUUCAUUGCUUGAACGUCGUUAUGUUACCGAUAUAUUUUGAAGUUUGGAGUAGAAGUUUAAUAAGAAAUGCUCACCCCUUUACUUUCUUGCCAGUUCUAAUUAAAUUCCACCGUUAUUCUCUUGAUGAGCCAAGCUCAACUAAUCUUAGACUGUUGACUGGUAUGUUAUUAUUUAAAAAAAUAGUACUUGUUCAGUCCAGAAAAUUUGCUGUAGCUUCUGGUGUUUUGUGUUGCUAAAGAUUAUUUUUGUACAUUGUCGGUUCGUUUUUCGGUUUAUCAAAACCAAUACCGUAGUGGAAUACAGGAUUAAACACUCUGAACGUUGUCUGAAAAAUAAUGCGGAACUUCUUCCCGAAAACAUGAAGAAAAAAAA